AUGUACUAUCAUUAUUAUUAUUCCUCAUUAACUCUUCUAAUAACCCUACUUAUACAAAAAACAAAAGCAACAACAGAAUGGUUUGGAGAUGCCCGUGCACACAUGAACCCUCCACAACAACCCCCAUUUUAUGACAUUGUAUAUGAUGAAUCAGAUUGCCCUUUCGGGUUGGAAAGCCAUGCAAUUCCCGAGUACGUCUAUUUUGGUGAGAUGAUUGGAGCUAAACAAGUUCGUGAACAUUCUUUAUGCUUACAAUUUUGUUUGGAAACAACUAGAUGUAAAGCUGUAAAUUACUUUGAAUCGAUUGGAGGAAAAAAGGUAACGUAA